AUGGAACCGAUAAUGACAAAUCUGUCAUCAAAUUCUCAUGAUAAAAGACACAAUUUAAAGCGACCAAAUAAUUCUUCAAUAAUUUCAAAUUGUAAUAAAAUUUCGUCAUUUAUGAUUCAGUCAAGAUCGCCAUCGCCAACAGAAAGCAUAGUUUCGAACAACAAUAAUGUAACGACACCAAAACCAAAUCAAGUAAGUAAAUUUGGAAGGAGACUUUUGAUUUCUCCAAUUAAGGUGAAAAAUCAUUUUGGAUCGUCUAAACAGGUUGGUACAGUGAUUCUCUAUGGAAUUCCCAUCGUCUCAUUAUACAUUGAGUCGCAAGAACGAUUAUGUCUGGCUCAGAUCUCAAACACUCUCCUGAAGCAAUUUAGUUACAACGAAAUUCAUAAUCGACGAGUGGCAUUAGGAAUAACUUGUGUUCAGUGUACACCAGUGCAACUUGAGAUCUUAAGACGGGCAAAUGCAAUGCCAGUGUCAUCAAGACGUUGUGGAAUGAUCACGAGAAGAGAAGCAGAACGUUUAUGCAAAUCUUUUUUGGGCGACAACUCGCCACCUCGUCUUCCUGACGAUUUUUCCUUCGCUGUUUUUCAUGAAUGUGCUUGGGGUUGUCGUGGAUCAUUUCUUCCUUCACGUUAUAAUUCAUCUCGUGCGAAAUGCAUCAAAUGCACAUUUUGUGGAUUAUUCUUCUCCCCAAAUAAAUUCAUAUUUCAUUCCCAUCGGGUUUCUGCAAAUGACAAAUAUGUUCAACCUGAUGCUGCUAAUUUUAAUUCAUGGCGUCGGCAUUUGAGGCUGAGUGGAACUCCGCCGGAUGAUGUUUCACAUGCAUGGGAAGAUGUCAAAGCGAUGUUUAAUGGUGGAACACGAAAACGUUUAAUGUCAUCGCCAAUUACACCGAUUCGUGAAUCAAAUCCCUCAAAUUCGAAUAAUUCUUCGGGACCUAAGAAAUCGAAAGAAGCUUCGAUUGUUGCAUCAAACACUACACAACAUACUCAAUUUCCGAUUAGACCUGUAAACAUGACUCACGCUUAUUCAGUUGCAAACAAUACAACCAACACUCAGCCACCUUCAAUUGUAAACUCCAUCGCUCCAAUUACAAAUGCAAACCCUCCAACCAUUCGCCCUUCAUCAUCAUUCCCUCAAGAGCUGCCAUUCUCAUUAUCACGCUCUUUUAUGAUUGACUACAUGUGGCAUCAUCAACAGCAAACAUCCACUUCAGUUAAUGCUCCAACCAUUGUAAAUAAAGCGAAUCAUUUUCAAUUUCCACCAUAUUCAGCUUUGAAUUGGAUCAAACAACCACCAACAUCCUUUUUAUUCAAGCCAAAUGGUAAUUCAAUAUCAACAUCAAACGAUGAGAAGCAUCCGGUGUUUAAUCACUUUCAUUCAGCAUUUAAGCCCGUAAUCAAUAUGAGAUUGAAUGACGAUGUAAAUGCAAAUAAUGCACCAAUGGUGAACGUCAAUCCUAGCACUCAAUCGCCUGCUUCAUCAACAUCUUCUAAUUAUAAUCACACAACAGCAUCUUCAACAAAUCAAAGUGAUGACGAAUCUUCAGUAGCUGUGAAGAAGUCGACAAUUCGAAAAAGAAAUCCUAAGAAUAAGGAAAUUGAUUAUUAUGUUGAUAUUGAUGAAACUUCUAACGAUUGUGAGAAUAAAUGUAAGCGUGUCAAUGAUUUCACUGACGAAACGAAAGAUCAAAUGACAAGUGAUGAUGAGAACGAGAUGGUUGAUAUUGAAACAACAGAAGACGACAUUCAGAUUUUAAAUCUUCAACCUUAUCGAGUGUCACAACACAACAUGAACAUUUCGUCAACAGAUCGUGAAGAAGAAAUUGAAGUUACAGACGAAAAAUUCGCACAACUUGAAAACAACAAUAAUUUGAAAUCAUUUGAACGAGAAAUGUCGCCAUCUAGGGAUGUGAAGACAUCAAAAAGUCCGAUAAAGUCUUUAAAAGAAAUUGUCAAUAGAAGCGAUCGCGACAAAGAUGAAUUUUAUGUGAACAAAAGGAACUCGAGAAUGUCGCCGCAAUAUGCUGAAUGGACAAUAAAUUUGAAAAAAGAGGUAGCUAUGAUAGAUUAA